AUGGCGCGACACUCGAAACGUUGUUUAUCGCCGGGGAGCCGGUAUGGGACAGAAGUCUUGUGUGCCAGCCAAGUCGGUGGAGCCAGGCAGCCGGUGGCGGCGGCGGCGGCGGCGGCGGCGGCAGCGGCGGCGAGCGGCGCAGUGGAGGAUCGACCGACCGACAGGACGCGCUGCACGUUGGCUUCGUCGCGGGGUAACGGCGGUAGCGCCUCUGGCGCACCCGGGGGCGCUAGGGGCAGGUUCCGAGUGACGGCUGUUCCGGAGGAACCGGGAGACGCCACAGUGCAGUCACCGGCUGGGAAGGCGGUUGCUGCCGGCUUCGCCCUGCUCAAGGGGGCUUCAGCUGUCACCCGUCCGGCACCUGCCGCCGAUCUGACGGAAUACGGAGCACUCGGUAGUGCCGUCAUGUCAGCCACCGCUGCUGCCGCCGCUGUAAGCGUCGCCACCGCAUCGAAGUUCUCAGAGCAGGUUACCGGCGAGGUUUCAACGAAAAGUGAUUACAGGGGAGCCUGUCGCCCAGGUUGUACCCCGCAACGCGCUGGUUCAAGCGAAUAUUUUGAAGCCUGUCUGUGCGACGAUACGGCGCACCAGAAACGACAUUAUUUGACUGUGGAGGUGCUAGGAAUGUCGACUGCAGUUGCUGGACGUAUUCGAGGAAGCAUUCUCGAUACAGCGUCUGCUCAGGGUGAUGAUCAUGUACAGACAUGCACAAGCAGAAACAUGGAAACUGCUUCACCACCUCUUUCUGGAAUACAUCUCAAGACGGUCGCCAACAAGAUCGAUAGAGCCGUCAUCGGCAGUGGUGAAUAUUUCGGUGAUGCUAGAGGACAGGUUGCUAGUGGAAACACGGCAAGUGAUAUCGCGCUUUUGGGAAACACAGAACCUGCUCAAGUACGCUGCAGUGCUGGUGGGGAUGCGACGCCGGAAGUGCCCUCGACAGCGCCAAAUUGCUCAGAUAUCGUCCCUCUUCCGACGGCUACGUAUUUCGACAGUGACGAAAACUUCAACACGAUAAAUAGCGACAUUUCUUCUUUAGCGAGUGACAUCUGGAUUAUGGAGGACGAAUUGUGGAGUGGUCACGCAUCAGGGGAAGAUUCUCCGGCUCCGACGAGGGAUUGUACCGUUCCGGACUACCGCGCAGAGAGCGAGGGCGCCGACAUCGAGGUUCCCGCAGAGAGGAGCCAUCCCCGGUGGAGUGCGUCCGACGCGGGUUCGUGCGCGGUGAAGGACGGCAAGAGCCGCGGCUGGCAGAGACAGGCCAAAGACGCGGAGCCAGAUCGAUCCCGCGAGGACGGCGGCCCCGCCCGCAAGGUGUCGGGUGGGCACAGGGGCCGGCGCAGUGCCACCCCGGAGCUGGCGUUCGACCCCUGCAGCCUGCCCUCGGUGUCGGAGUUGGAGGAGGAGUGCGCCGCGCGGCCACCGCUGCCCACCAUCAGCGAAGACGGCGCGCCGGCUACUGGCGGCCAGCCGCGCCGCUCGGGCUGCCGCGACGAUGCCGACAGCCUGGCGUCCGAGCCCGAGUGCUCGCCGAGCGCCAGCCGCAGCCACACACCUGUUCGCAGAAACUGCAGCGACCCGCGCCGCGCGCUCAGCCGCGUCCUGCCCUUCUUCUCGGCCAGCCUCACCAGCAACGACGACGACUCCGAGGAGAGGGGGUUACCAGUGCCGCACCCGACGAUCCACGGGCCGAGUGCUUACAUCCCGCCGGACGAGGUAAGAGCACAGACAUAA